AUGAGUAUUCACGAACAGAUUAGGGUUCCGCAUGUGAAGCCUAGUAGUAGCCGGAGUGUUUGCCGUUUCUGGCAGCAGGGGAUAUGCAACCGAAACCCUUGCAAAUUCGCUCACGGCGGAGAACUCCCGCCGAGGCCGCCGCCGCCGCCGCCCCGUUCGUCUCAUGUCUACCUCCGCGGAUCUCGUUCGGAAUCCCAAUCUAAGCCCGUUGGUGGCAGCGCGGCUCCGAAGAAGCACGAAGAGAAGGUUUGUCGCGACUGGAAGUCAGGGAAUUGCAGCAGAGGCGACGACAAGUGCCGAUUCCUGCACUCCUGGUCACGCGGGGAAGGGUUUUCGAUGCUCGCGAGGCUGGAAGGGCACAGCAACACCGCUGUUGUUUCUGGGAUCGCUCUGCCUUCUGGAUCUGAUAAGCUCUUUACUGGGAGCAGUGAUGGAGUUGUGCAAGCUUGGGAUUGCACAAGUGGUAAGAUUGUGGGCACCCUGAAUGCUGGUGGGAAAAUUGGGUGUUUGAUUACAGAAGGCGAAUGGCUCUUCGUGGGAUUGCCCAAUGUGGUGAAGGCGUGGAAUCUUCAAACCGGGGUUGAUUGCAGCCUCACCGGCCCAACUGGCCAAGUUUAUGCCCUGGAGGUUGGUAUGGGAUUCUUGUUCGCAGGUGGUUCACCAGAUGGUGUGAUUUUGGCGUGGAAAGGCGGCAGUAGUAGUACUGGUGAGCAACAAGGCAGCAACCCUUUUCAGCCUGCUGCAGCCCUCAAUGGCCACACCAGUGCUGUGAUAUCAAUUGAAGUUGGAGGAGGUGGGAAAUUGUUCUCUGGCUCCAUGGAUGGGACCAUCAAGGUGUGGGAUAUCAAAACCCUCCAGUGCAUCCAGACGAUUGAGAAGGGGCACGACAGCGCGGUGAUGUCCCUCCUCUGCUACUCGGACUUCCUGCUGUCGUGCUCGUUGGACCAGAAGAUCAAGGUGUGGGCUGCCACGGGCGAAGAUGGAAGGUUCGAGGCGGUGUACACACACGAAGAAGGUCAUGGUGCGAUAUCAAUGUGUGGGGUGGAGGACAUGGAUGGCAAGCCGGUUCUGUUGUGCUCGUGGAACGACGAUUCGGUUGGGUUGUACGAGCUGCCUUCCUUUGCCGAGAAGGGGAGGAUGUAUGCGAAAGGAGAGGUGAGGAGCAUCAAGGGAGGACCUGGAGGGCUGGUUUUCACUGGAGAUGCUACAGGUCUAGUGACUGUGUGGAAGCUGGCAGCAGGAGCAACAAGUGGAGCAGCCAUGGCAGAGUGA